CAUUGUGUCAUCUAUGGCAUUGUUAACUCUGCAUUUAUAUUUUUUGCGAUAGACCUGUCUAACAUAUUGUUCGGUUUAUAAGUACCUUGUUGUAAUAAAAAAAAUAAGUAAAUAAAUAGUCUGCAUAAGCGAGUCGAUCAUAGCUUCUAGCCAGUACAUAAUUGGAUUAGCAAUGGCUUCCGUCGCCGGUAUCACUGAAGCAUUGUCAGCUCAAAAUAUAGAGCUUGCUCCAUUACGAAGUCUAGAUGACUUUAUUUUUGGCUCUGCUCGUUUUCAACUACCAAAUUUAAAAGAUUUGGAAAAAUGGGGUAAUCGUGUAGUGAAGAAUUUGCUCUAUUACCAAUCCAAUUAUUUUCUUAUGUGUUUGGGAGUUUAUGGUUUUAUGAUCAUAUUAAAUCCCAUAAAAAUUUUUUUGGGGUUGUUUGUUCAAGCAAUGAUAAUGGCAGUAUUAGUGCGGUUCUUUGUAAAAAAGUCGGCGUCAAAAUUCAAGUUUAUUAUUGGCUGGUUCAACGUCAUCCAAGAGAAUCCCUAUCAAAAAUGGUACCUUUUGGCCGGUGUCGUACUAUGCGGCUAUCUUCUAUUGCAUUGGUGGAACGCUUGUUUACUAUCGAGUUUUUCGUUACUUCUUCCUAUAUCAUUAACAUUUGUACAUGCAUCCUUACGCUUGAGAAAUAUUAAAAACAAAGUUGUGAAUACAAUGGAAAGCUUCAAUCCUUCAACACCGAUGGGAGUAAUUUUAGACGCAUUAAAUAUUACUAUGGAUAGUUAAGGGCAAUGAAAUUACUUACUAAUAAUAAAUAUUUUCUGUAAAUAGAAUUUAUAAAAACUAAUUUGCACAUUGUAUCUACUUAUAUAAUUAUAAUUUUGCUCAUAAUUGUAACCUUUGGAAUAAAAUUAACAGUUCUAAAUUAAACUUUA